AUCAAUAAUAUGACACUUGUUCUUUUUCAAAACUUAUGAUUUUAAUUUGUUUUUAAUAGAGAAAGACUAACAUUGAAGCAUUACUUUAUUAAAAGGGUUGAGAUCCCAAUUCUUAUGCUUCUUAAAUUAUAAAGUUCUGAAAACUGUGUCAUUUUCUUUAAAUAAUCCUAGCUGCAACUCUUAUUUUAAUAUGUUUCCAAAAUCCAGCCCCUAUCAACAAACAUAAGUGUAGUCAAAUUAGCUAAAUCAUUGUGUUUUCAUGCUAAAUACUUAAGUUUGAAUUUCGUUCUUUGAUCUGAGAGUAAUCAAGUUAAAGCAGUAUGCGAUUAUUCUAUAUACUCAAGUUAGAAUUUUCUUCCCCAUAAUUUAGAUUAAAUUUAUAAUAUAAAAGGUUAGUCACCUAUUCUCAUUCUUUGCUAAACUGAUAUCGAGCACUGCUAUAUAAUAAAUACAACCACAAGCCCUCUAAUAUAUAUAUAUGCCUGCCGUCCCUAGAGAGAGCCAAAAGACAAGUUAUUCUCUUGUGCUGUGUGAGAAAACCCAAAAGAUCAGAAAAAAUACAAAGACAUCUCUUAUUGGGUCUGCAGAACUUAUUAAUCCUUCUGUUCCGGCGCACUAUAUUUUUUUGAUAGAUCGUAGUCCUCCUCCUUACUCCUUACUCCUCCCUAGAAAGGUGGGGCUGCUGCGGGUAACUGUUGAGUGUUGGGUCCCUUCCCAAAUGGAGGUUUCAAAGGUGUGAGCUGGUGCGUUUGUGAAGCAAGAGGGAAAGGAGGUGGAAGUGAAGAUGUCUGCAAAGAUUUUGCAUUCUCUAACGGAUGAGAACCGGGACCUCCAUAAGCAAAUUGGGUGUAUGAGUGGAAUUUUUCAGCUCUUUGAUCGCCACCAUUUCCUCUCCGGCCGGCGUAUCAACGUCCAGAACCACAAGAGACUUCAUCCAGGUGAGAAUUGCAACCACGCAGUCGAACCAAGCACAGUGCAGAAAGCUACAGAAAAAAUUCGAAAAAAGGCGGUGAAAGAGAAACAACGAAACUCCACAGAAUCAUCGAAAACCACUGUUUCUUCUUCUUCUUCUUCAUGUUCGUCUAGCCUGUCGUGUCUUGAACAUAAAAAGGCAGCUCAGCAAGAACCAUCGUCGUCCAGCCAAACCAUUUCCAAUGACAAAGACGCUCGGGACCCAUCCGUGAAACAACCACAUGUUUUGAUGCACAUACGCCGGGAAUCCUUUGAUCUGCAAGGUCUUGUCAAAGACUCGACGCACAGAGAAGCCCGUGGCAUUUCAGUUAAACCUGCAGCUAAAGAUGGAGUUGGUCACACAUUGAAGUACAUAGACUCCCCGAGGCCUUCAAUAAAAUCCACCAAGCCAAGGGUUUCUGGUGGUAAUGAGUCAUUUCAAGUUCCUGCAAAGCUUCGGGUAGCAACUUGGAGUUCCAACGAAGAGAAGGAUGGUUGCGCGCGCUUCUUACCAAAAGAUGCUCGGAGGUUCUCUUAUGAUGGAAGAGAGUCACGAGAUGCAUCAAAAUCCACCAUAAAACUCAAGGAACUCCCAAGGCUUUCUUUGGACAGUAAGGAACGUUCCAUAAGGAGGGGUUGUAACCCAGAAACAAAAGGAAACUACUCCAUCAAGGAUAUGCAGAGAGAGGACAGGAACGGCAACAAAUUGCUUGACUUGCAGCAUGAACCCGGAAGCGCUAAAAGACCGUCUAAUGUCGUUGCAAAGUUGAUGGGAUUGGAUCUAUCAGAUUCUGUGUCUACCACUGAUAGUCCAUUCAGGCUGGUUAAUACCGACCAAUCUGACAGAUCUGACCCCUUCUCCAGAUCAUCAAGAGCAACCAAUGAAAACAAGCAAGAUACUUUUUCUGGGAUACUCCUUGCAAAUACGAAGAAAGACAGCUCACCGCAGAGGAGAGGCAUUGAUCCGGUCAUGAAGCCCACCUCCAAUUCUAAGUUUCCAAUAGAAGCAGCUCCGUGGAGGCAGCCACACAGAAGCAAAGGUUCUCAACGAUCAGAUUUCAAGCAACAAGAAGAACCUAUAAAAGCUCCAAAUUCAUCAUCUUCAGUAUAUGGUGAAAUGGAAAAAAGGCUGGCAGAUCUUGAGUUCAAAAAAUCACGAAAGGAUCUCAGAGCUCUUAAGCAAAUACUUGAAGCGAUGCAGAAGACGAAAGGAAUGACAGAUACAGGAAAGGAUCACGCCUCAAAUUUUGCAUCUCAAAUAAGUAACAAAAGCAUUUCUUUGGACAGCACAGUAUCAGCAAGCCAGAGAUAUCUACAAAGUAACAUAUCAGUUCCUGCCACGGCCAAGGGUUCCCAAUCUCCAAAGAGUUAUAAAUCACCCACUGUCAUAGUGAAACCAGCUAAACUCAUUGAUAAAACCCACAGCUCUGCUUCCAUGGUGAAUUCCAUGAAUGACACAUUGGGUCUUCGGAAGCUUCGGACCAGUGACCCUGGUGAUAACAGAAAGGGAUUGGUCGACAAGAAAACAGCCAAAGAUCUGACACCAAGGAACAAUCACGUCAGAGAUCUUUUUAAUCGACAACUCCAUUCCACUGAUGAUAAUUCUAACACAAGAACUUUGAAAUCUGCACAAAAACCAAAGGCAUCGCAAACUAUGAGUGACGAAAAAGUCACCAGCUCAAGUAGGAGUCCAGGAGUCACGAGCCCGAAAAUGCAACAGAGAAGACUUGGAUUGGAGAAGCAAUCUCCUCCAAGCACUCCAUCAUCGAAUUCAAGCAUGACGAGAAGGCAACACACCAGGCAGUCACUAGAAGCGACCACCCCAGGUAGAAAACUUGGGCAUAAGACACCCAAUUUGCAUCAAAGCAAUGUGCAACUGAGGGAGACUAGCACCAAGACGAGAGAUAUGAGUCAUCACGACAAUUCCACUUCUCAGCAAUCUGGAAGCACCAUCAGCUUGGCCUCGCAUACAGACACAGAGGCCACAAGCAUUCAUCAAUCAGAUACGAUCACAGGGACGCUCAACAAGCAUAACCAAAAAAUAAAGGUAAGGGUGUCCUAGUUCUCAUUCAUUCCUGUAAGCUAUUUCUUAUCUGGGUUGACAGAUGUUCUGUUUUCUUUCCCACAGCACCCAGCAGUGGGGUUGAUUGAUGACAGGUCAAUGGCAGAAACUAGGAAAGCUUCCUCCGAACAACCAAGCCCUGUCUCUGUUCUUGAUUCCACAUUCUAUCGCGAUGACUCACCAUCUCCAGUGAAGAAGAUAUCAAGUGCCUUCAAAGACGAUGAAGCACAAAUUCUGGAGAUAGCAGAGUAUGACCCAAUGAACCAAGCUCUGUUAUCCAACAACACAAUGCCCAGUCUUGGGGCAGAAAUUGAUCAUAAAAGAUUAGAGAGCCUGAUUCAGAAUCAUCGAUGCAUGAGCAGGACACAUGAGGACCCCAUCACUGGUCCCCUCUGUGACAGUACAAAUCCAGACCACAUGUACAUUUCAGAUAUAUUGCUGGCGUCAGGUAUUCUCGGGUACCUUGAAUCUGCCUGGACAACCAGUGAGCUGAACACAUCAGACCACCUGAUCAACCCUAAUUUGUUCCUUGCACUGGAAGAUAUCAGAACAAAUACAAUGCCUUCUGAUCUCCAGCCUAAACCUGAUGAGAAAAUUCAAAGAAAACAAGUAUUUGAGGUUGUUAAUGAAUUCCUUGUUCACAAACUAGUGGUGGGAGAUUCUUUGAAGCAGUGGUUCCCACCAAACAAGCUGGCAGAUGGGAAACCAAGAAGCCAGCAGCUUCUGAAAGAAUUGUGUUCAGAGGUUGAUCAGCUACAGAGAACGAACUUGAAUGGCAGCCUGGAUGACGAGGAUGAAAGUUUGAGAAACAUCUUGUUGGAAGAUUUCACGGAUAAAGCAAAGAACUGGACAGAGUGUGACAGUGAAAUUCCUUCUGUAGUGUUGGAUGUCGAGCGGUUGAUCUUUAAAGCUUUGAUAAAUGAAAUUGUGAGUGAUGAUUCAGUUGGCCUGCAUGGUUGGUCCGGUGGGCAUUGCAGGCAACUUUUUUCUGAGAAGGGGCUAAGGAAAUAUUGAUUUCAAAAACUCAAAUGGCAGCUUAGAUGAUGAGGAAGAUAGUUCGUGAAGCAUCAUAUCGCCAGAUAACACAUCAAUCAAGGAAUUGGGCGGAUUGUGACGGUUAAAUUCAGGAUUUGGUGUCGGAUGGUUGAUCUCUAACGCUCUGUAACUGAAGUUUUGAAUGGUGGAGAUGUAGCUGGUUUGCACAUGGUCAGUGGUAGGCAUUGCAGACUUGCCAAGAAGGGGCAGUUGAUAACAUUGAUCUUUUCCAUCAAAAAGAAUAUUCUUAUGUAGUCUUAAUCAUUUCCUUGGAGUCCUUUACCUCUUUUGUUUUUCUUUUCCAGGUUUUGUUGGAUAGAACAGGAGAGGGAGGAAUAUUUUAUUUUAAGGUCAUAACUAUUGUGUAGUUUUAUCUUCUGUAAAGCCACAAAUAACUACUGGUAAAAAUUUAGUCUCUAGCAUGUAAAUCUUUGAUAGAGGACACAGAUCUAUAAUACAAUUAUGGUGUAUGCAUCUUUCCCUUCCAA